CAGAGUUUGCUCUGUGAUCACAUCUAUGCUGUGGAGGAAUAAAACUGUCCUCUGUACACCUCUGGAUGAUUUGUGUGAAACACUGCAUUUCUUGGACAGUGAGUCCAUUUUCCCUGCCAGAACCCUUGGAUGCAUCAGCUGUAAAUUGCUUCCACACAAUCCAUCACCUGACCAGACAGGCGAGAUGCGUCCAUUUGGUCACUCAUGUGAGGACACACAUGGACACAGCACUACUGCACGUGGCCUUUGGGAACAGACAGCUUGGUGACAGCUUCUGGAGCUGAAGAACUGUUAAAUAUGACUGAAAAGACAAGUUUUCAUGCAUAAACUGGCAGCAUGAAGGAAAGUGGGCAGUCCUAAAGAGAACCCCUCCACCCCCCAAAAGAGGAAAGCUGUAUAUAAAGGAUUGCAAGGUGUUUCUGUGCCAUACCUAAAGGAUUGUUACAGCUGCUCUUCAAUGCUAUCUCCAUCUUGUUUUUUUUUUCCCUAAUGGAGCUAAUCCUGACUUAAUUUCAAAGCCUUUUUUGUAUAGACAUCAUAUUUUCUGAACUGUAAAUGCCUGCCUGCCUCCUGACAUUAUAAAAGGGAAGUGUACACUCUAAAAAUCUAGUUAUGUCAGAGAGACAUUUUUAACUGUACUCUCCAGGUUCCAGUGCCAUCAUUUUCACUGCAGCAGUGGAGAUUAAACAGAUACCAGACAGAAAUAUUUCCUCUCAGCAAAGGAAGGUGCCUGCAGCUUGUAUAGCUCUGACCACUCAAGAAAUCCUGCCAUAAAUGAACAGCUCAUCAUGUCUUCAGCCAUCGCCAGCUACCACCGUAGCUCUCCCCAUCCUCUAUUCCUGCCUGUUCCCCGCUGGAAUCUUUGGGAACAUUCUGAGUGCCUGGAUAUUUUCACGGAAAGCGCCCACCCGAAGGACACAGUACAUUUACCUGGCCAACCUGGUGACUGCAAAUCUGCUGGUUUGCAGCACCAUGCCCUUCCUGGCCGCCUACUUUGCGGACGGGCACCGCUGGCCCUACGAGUCGGUGGCGUGCAGGAUCGCCCAUCACCUGGGGACACUGGUGAUGCACGUCAGCAUGUACGUGACCAUCACCAUCCUGUGCUCCAUCGCCCUCAGCCAGCACGCCACGCUGAAGAAGAACUGUGGCACACAACACUCCCCGGCUCUGCCAGGAACCUUCCAGGGGCGCCUGCUGCACAAGUUCCGGCGGCCAAAGUUCGCUAAAUAUUUGUGCGUCGGUAUCUGGCUGAUUGUGCUCUGCAUAACAGUCACAGCCAUCGCCUACAACGUCCAGGAGAAGGUUUCAGGGGAGUUCCCCACCUGCUACAACAUCAGGGUAGAAGCUGGUGAACGUCCUGCAAUGAUUGCAGCUUAUCUUGCCACUGUGUGCUUUUUUCUGUCUUUUAUGACCGUUUUGUGGUCGUACUAUUCUCUGACCAGACAUCUGAGCAGAAUACAAAAAAACACCUGUAUUGGAGAAAAACAUCUAAUUUACAGAACAGUGAAAAGAAACAUUCUUGUCAUCCAGAUGAUAUUAACUGUCUGUUUCCUUCCAUACCAUAUUUUUAGGCCAAUUUUCUAUGUACUGCUUAUAGAAAAUGACUGUCCAAGGCUAAACUACCUAGUGGAAAUUAAAAAUGUCCUUACUUGUCUUGCUGCUACUAAAAGCAGUUUAGAUCCAGUUAUAACCCUUCUGUUAGAUAAAACAUUUAAGAAAAGUCUUUAUGACCUGUUUACAAAAUCCACACCAGAACAUCAAAAACGUAAUGAUGAUAUUUUCACUGAAAUGGGAAGGAAUAUGGAAAGAUUUUCAUAGACUAUAAAUGAACUAAUUUUAAUUACCUCUAGGCAGGCUUUGAUAUAAAAUGGCAAAUAUUUAAAUAA